AUUCAUAAAGAACUGAGGGAAUUCAAAUCUCAAGAUUCUGUUUAAGGCUCGCCCUCUGUCUCUUCUUCGGUUCUUCCUCAUCUCAAAUGGGGAAGAAACUUUCAGAAUUGAAUCGAAUUUGAAAAAGAGCACGAAGAACUCACAGGAGGAGGAAGCGGAGAAAAUGGAAAUUUCAAUUUUCAGCUGAGUUUCUUCAUCAAAUCAGAACGGAUUUUUACUACUGUUGAGAGGUUUUGUGGAAUCGAAUUGCUGCGAGACUUCGAUCCCAAAAAGAAUAACUGAUUUCCAAUUCUUGAAGAAAUUCAUUUGUUAGGGAUUCCACAGACGCCCCAGUAUUUGCUUCAGCUCUCAAGAGCAUUUACUUGCACAACAAUGGCGGAAAAUAAGUACAAUGUCGAAGCUGCAGAGAUUCUCGCCAACGAGGCAAUGCGCUUGCCUAUUUCCCAGGCAAUUCCUAUCUAUGAACAACUUCUCUCUACUUAUCCUACUGCUGCAAAAUUUUGGAAGCAGUAUGCUGAAGCACACAUGGCUGUAAAUAAUGAUGACGCCACGAGGCAAAUUUUUAGCCGCUGCCUAUACACCUGUCUACAAGUUCCUCUUUGGCGAUGCUAUAUCCUUUUUAUCAGGAAGGUCAAUGACAAGAGGGGAACUGAUGGUCAAGAAGAGACUAGAAGAGCUUUUGAGUUCAUGCUUGACUAUGUUGGAACAGACAUUGCGUCCGGCCCUCUUUGGAUGGACUACAUUGCUUUUUUGAAAUCCUUGCAUGCUCAUACUAUACAAGAUGAAUCUCAAAGAAUGACUGCAGUAAGGAAAGCAUAUCAAAGAGCCAUCGUUACACCAACUCAUCAUGUUGAACAACUUUGGAGAGACUAUGAGAACUUUGAAAAUACAAUUAGCCGUGCGCUGGCGAAAGGUCUUAUAUCUGAAUAUCAACCAAAAUACAACAGUGCAAGAGCUGUUUACAAAGAGAUGAAAAAGUAUGUUGAUGAGAUUGACUGGAAUAUGCUCGCUGUGCCUCCUAGUGGUUCUCCCAAGGAAGACAUGCAGUGGAUGGCAUGGAAAAGGUUCUUAGCCUUUGAAAAAGGAAAUCCUCAAAGGAUAGACACUGCUUUAGCCACUAAAAGGAUUGUAUACGCGUAUGAUCAGUGCCUCUUGUACUUGUAUCAUUAUCCGGACAUGUGGUAUGACUAUGCCACCUGGCAUGCGAAGUGUGGCUCACUAGACUCCGCAGUAAAAGUUUUCCAACAAUCUUUAAAAGCUUUACCUGAUUCAGAGAUGCUGAGAUAUGCUUAUGCUGAACUUGAAGAGUCACGUGGAUCCAUUCAGGCUGCAAAGAUGGUUUACCAAAGUCUGUUGAGAGAUGGGACUAAUGCAUCAGCAUUAUCACUUAUCCAGUACAUGCGAUUUUUAAGGAGGACCGAAGGAGUUGAAGCAGCUCGCAAAUACUUUCUUGAUGCCCGCAAAUUCCCAAAUUGCACAUAUCAUGUUUAUGUAGCUCAGGCAAAGAUGGAAUUCUGUCUUAACAAGGAUUCUAAGGUGGCACGUAAUGUGUUUGAAGCAGGGUUAAAACACUUCAUGCAUGAAUCUGAUUACAUUCUUGAGUAUGCAGAUUUCCUGUCUUGUUUGAAUGAUGACAUUAACAUAAGGGCCUUGUUUGAACGGGCACUGAGCUCUCUCCCACCAACGGACUCUCUUGAGGUUUGGAAAAGAUUCACUCAAUUUGAGCAAACUUAUGGCGAUCUUGCUAGCAUGUUGAGGGUUGAGGAAAGAAGAAAAGAAGCACUUUCUAGGACCGUUGAUGGGGAAACACUUAUCUUAGAGAGUUCACUGCAAGACAUUGUGUCGCGCUAUAGUUUUAAGGAUCUGUGCCCUUGUUCUUCCAAGUCCCUGGAUCAUCUUUCACAGCAGGAGAUGCUUGUAAGGAACAUGAAGAAGAAGGUUGACAAAUCCACUCCUGCUGCCGAUGCAGAUGUGAGUAUGCCCAAUGCAAACCCUGCCAAGCUUGUGUAUCCGGAUACUUCUAAAAUGGCCAUUUAUAAUCCAAAGCAAAUACCAGGAACAUUGCCUGCCCCGAUUCCAGUAAGCAGUAAUGUGCCACCAAAUGCACUUGGUGAUCUCCUGAAAUCAUUGCCACCUGCCUUCGCAGCAUUUGCAUUAAAUUUACCAGCUGUUGAGGGUCCAUCUCCUGAUGCCGACUUUGUGAUAUCUGUAUGCUUACAAAGCAACAUUCCGAGCAUUCCAUCCACGGGUGACCGGUCUGAUUCAUCAAACAGAUUAAGAACAAGAGACGGAGGAUCUGGAAAGAGGAAAGAUUUGGACAGGAAAGAUGAUGAUGAUAAUGACGCAAUGGGGAGCCAGCAGCCGGUGCCCAGAGAUCUUUUCAGGCUUCGGCAGCUCCAAAAGUCCAUGGUGGUGCCCGCCAGUUCACACACCACGGGUUCGGUGUCGUAUGGGAGUGGUGUUUCUGGAGAGCAGCUCUCAGGCAGCACCAGUUGAUGUCCUCCAGUGUGGCCAUUUAGUGUGUAUAAUACAAUAGUUGGAAGAAAACUCUCAAGGCUCACCUUAGUCACCUUUAUCUAUUUCUGUCCAUCCAAAUUUUCUUUUUGUGUCUUAAGUGUUUUUUUAUAGAGUAACAAUUUUUUUUAUCACGUUUAGAUUGCAAUGUAAUAUACUAGUAGCUUUUUUUUUAGUAAUGGAGUAUCAACAAAUGGAGUAGUAAUUACUGCCUCUUUGAAAAUGAAAAUAAAAUUACUACUCCAUC